UCAAAACUGUGUUGUGUUGUGUGGAGUCGUAAACUCGUAAUCUUAUCUCAGCAAAUGUUUAAUCAGAAAUUCGCGUGCCCUUUAUGUUCGUUAUCAACAUAACUCCCUGGCACAUGAGCUGACCUAGUAAUCCUAAUUUUGGUGUACUUCAAGUUCUAGUUUUUAUUCGGAAUGACGAUGAAUCAAUACGAAACAGAACGUCGUCUGUGUUGGAGCUACUUGUUUGUAGUGGUAUUCCUCGCCGUGUCUGUCUUAUGUGUGGGAAUACCGUACAACCACUGGCGGACCACGCUGGACGUGUGUCCCGGCGGUUACUUUGAGAACACCAACUGCGGCUGCAUUCUGUACGGAGUCAGCACAUUCCAGUACUUCAAUGGAGGUCACAACUCAUACUGCCUGUAUGCCGUGUUCGCGCCUUUGCCUGUUAUUGUCUAUGCCAUAGUGAUGGCACUGUUCCAUAUGUACAGAGUGUGUAUCAACAAUGUUGGACAGUAUGAGGAUGAGAAGUCUACAACCAUGGAGGAAAUUGAGGGUGAGUCAAUAGUAGUGAGCACAAGGACGAGAGUGAGCAGGAGCAAUGACUCAGUCAUAUACUGCUGGAUACCCACAUCGUGUAUAGCUGGACUGUUUGCUGUGUACUCUUUGGUACAUGCUGCCAUAUUAACUGAUGGCUUCCUAAAGACCUGUACGCAAUAUAGAGGAUAUUUAGUCAGGGAGCUGCGAGCCACAGGGGACCACGCGACCGCGAUACACUUUCGUCUAGCUUGCCAGGCAAUUUACGACUUUAUGGACUACUUGCAAAAGGACGCGCCGAACAGCCGCCGCGGUGAUUUCAUCAACACAGGUGUCUCCUUGCAUUUGGCAGUCAUCGCCGCUUGGGCAGCUGUGGCCGUCUGGAUAUCUAUCAUUGUGUACACAGCAAUGAGGGCGUUCAAAGAGAGACAUGUACUCACGUGUUGUGGGAACUAAAUUAACAUUUUUUUUUUAAUGGAGUAUUGAAUAUUUUUAUUGAAAUGAUACAAUAUAGGCAGUAAGCAAUGAUGACUUAAGAGUGCCUUACCAUUUUUUUGUAUCUACUUAAAGAUCAAAUAGGAUUAUUUUAAUUCUUAUUGUAUUUAAAUGCGAAUUAUAUCGAACAACGAGCUUAGAGUAGGUAAACUGUAAUUUUGCGAUAGCAGCCGUUAUUUCAAAGAGAUGUUACUUUGACAACUAUUUCCAUAAUAUAUGCGUGUUGAAGACAAAUACAACAUACAUAUUAUUACCAGAUAAGCCAUAGAUUAAUGAGUCAAUUAGCGAAGACUGAGCUUUAAACCGUAUUGUUGUAAUUAAGCUUUAUUAGCGUUGUAACAAAUUAACAUUCCACCGAACAUGUGAGCCAUUUAGAUACACCUAUGUAUGUACAUGCAUUGAGCACAUUUUUAUAUUAUUCUUAACACCAUUUUUGGUACAAUGACACUAUUGUAAGUUAAAAUGUUCGUCCAAUUAUCUAGAUUUUAAGCUACUUAUGUACUAUGUACUUUUUAUUCUAUUUUAUAUAUAAUUUUAAUCACAGUUAAGAUUUGUGAUUGUAAUGCACGCAUUUAUUUGUAAGAAUUUUACUAUUUAUGAAAUUAUUUGUUCAUGUGCCGUCCAAUUAAUUAAUUACGUAAGCUAUUGUUUUGAUUUCUACAAUUUAUAAAUAUUUUACUUUAAUAAAGAAUAUUUUUAACUUA